UAUGGCGUCAUGAAUUUUGUUUCCAUCUGCCAAACUGACGUUACGUCAUUUGCUCAAUUUCUAAAGUUGUUUCUUUUUGGAUCUUUUUUUAUUAAUUGGUUAGGGUUGGAGUUUGGGUUGAGGUUAUUGAGUUUGGGAGGAGGAUUUGGGUUAGUUACAUAGCCAUUUAACACAUCUUCCGAAAAUGAUGUCCUGUCAGUUUGGUAGAUGGAGACAAGUGCUGUCAGCAAUGAUAAUUGUACUUAAAUUGACAAUAUUGAACUAUUUUGUGUUUCUCAACCGCCAGCUGCAUUUAAAAAGAUUGCUAACUGUGUAAACUACAAAAUAAAGCUAAAACAAAGCAAUUUUGAGACCGAGAGGAACGCCAAAACGAUUUUAGCUUUUGAACACUUUUCAACGUAAAUACGCGAUAUUGCCUCUCACUGAAACCCCUCUGAUGAAAGCACCAGUCUUGUGUAAUUGUUAAAGUCAACAAAGUUAUAAGGGCAUGCAUGUUGCUUCAUGGAGGGUUAAUCCGCUAAUAUGGAAUGAAUAUUCAUGCCACUUAGUAUAUUAAGCAUUAAAAACAAUAUCAUGUCAAAAGUAUUAUUCGUACAAAGAUUUUUAUCAUGCAAUCUUAAUUGCCAUGCCAACCAAGUAUCACUUGUAUAUCUGACAAAACAUAUGGCCAUAUUGAAUGGCCAUAAACCAUGACCUGCCACAUGACCAGUUGGUAAAAGCACAACAAUUGAUUUUGAGAAAAUGUCGUAUGUAUUCUCCGCUCGUCAUAUGCCUAGAGCUGGAAGCAGCCUACCCAAACCGGUUGUAUUUGUCAUUGGUAGCAGUGGAAAUGUUGGCCAAGCUACUAUUAAUGCACUCUCGAUUAAAUACGGUCGAAAGUUAGACAUUAGAGCUGGCGUUCGCAAACCUGAGUCACUCACAGCGUUCAAACAUCUUACGGGAGUCACGGUUGUAAAAGCUGAUAUGGGGCAGUAUGAGGAGUUAAAGGAACUUUUCAAAGGUGUUAAGUCGUUACUCAUUGUCACGCCUGGCACUGAGAAUCGUGUAGACCUUGCGCUGAAGACUGCCGAGGCAGCGAACGAUGCAGGCGUAGAGUAUAUUGUCGUUAUUAGUGGCACAGAUGCUGAAAAACAAGACACCGUAUUUGGCAAACAACUCUACGAGGUCGAACAAGCUGUACUGGGCCUUGAUGUGGCUUGUACAAUACUCCGCCUUCCAUGGUUUAUGGAAAACUAUUUCAAUUUUAAAGACUCCAUAAAGAAGGACUUAAUAUUUCACGCCCCUGCUGACGCGAGCAAAGAAUUCCAAGUCGUGUGCAUGGAUGACGCGGGCUCAGCGGCCGCCGCAAUUUUGGCUUCGCCCGAGAAACACGCGGGAAAGAUCUACUCGCUCGUGAGCGACCGGAACACCUUCGAGCAAGUUUCGGAAGCCUUCACGCGUGCUCUGAGCAGAGAAAUAACGUACAUGAGAGUGUCCUAUGACGAAACCAAACAGAGCUUACUAGAAGCAGGGCUUCCAGAGUGGAUGAUUGAAGGAUUCUUGCAGUUUUAUACGACCGUCGAUUCUGGGACAGCACAGGCAUUAGGAGGGGAUGAGCAUUUCAAACAAAUUACUGGGAAGAAUCCGACCAAAUUGUUGACAUGGAUGAAUCGUUUUGCAAACGCGUUUAAAUGACAAAUAUAGACAAACUAUACUACGAUUAUAGCAUAGCAUAUACGAUAGUUUGUAGGUGGAAAUUUUCGAGUUCAAAUUUUAUACAUUUAUUAGACCAGGAACAGCCCCCCUCUGUGUAGCGCUCUAAGGGGCCGAUUACAUGGACCAUUUUCAACCCCGGGGUUGAACUCAGCCCUGUUUACCGGGUUGAAAUUUCAGCCCUGUCUGUAAUACAAAACUCUAUCAAAAUCAAACGCGCGAUUACAUGACAAAAUUUUCAACCCAGGGCUGAGUUGAAAUUUCAACCCCGGGGUUGAACUCAGCCCUGGGUUGAAAAUUUUGUCAUGUAAUCGUUUCAACCCAGGGCUGAAAUUAAUAAGAGUUGUUCGAGCAUGCGUGGUAGUGACUAUUUAUUACAAGGAAACAAAAUGAAGGCUUUUUACUUCCGCGAAUCGAUGCCGAGAACGUAUAGUAUAACGUUUUAACCCCGGGGUUGAAAUCGUCCAUGUAAUCGCAAAAAAUUUCAAACCGGUUAACAGGGCUGAGUUCAACCCCGGGGUUGAAAAUGCUCCAUGUAAUCGGCCCCUAAGCGGUGCAGUGCUCUAACCAACUGAUUUCCAGGGGCCAGUUCUCUAAAGCCCUGGGCAAACUAGGAAACAUUGUUGCGGAAACAUUGUUUCCUACCAAUGUUUUGCCAUGUUUCCAAGAGUGGGCAAACACUAGGAAACAUUAGUGAGAAACAUUAGUGAGAAACAUAGGGAAACAUCAAAUGUUUCUGAAUUCGCCAGGAAACAUUUUUGCUUCCCGGGAAGCAAAUUUUGUUUCCGCAACAAUGUUUCCACGGGUGGGCAAACGGGGAAACAUUUGAGGAAAAAUCGAGAAUCACAAAUGUUUCCACAACAAUGUUUCCACAACAAUGUUUCCUAGUUUGCCCAGGGCUUUAGAUCUAUCGCGUGAGAUGGCCGAACUCCUGAUAUUUGCUAUGCUAGUCUAUUAUAUUCUUGUGAUUUCCUCUGCUGUCAUAGUGCCCACCAUCAUUUUUUUGCUACCAUUAAAAUACCUGAAUAGAUUGUUUUAUUUCUAGCUAUUUUUUAACUAGUUUCGUCAUAAGGAUCCAGAGUCUUCACGGUUGAUCCGUCUCUUGUAUAAAUGAGCGCAUUUAUGGACGAGGUUGCCUUAUGGUAUUAAGGCUUGGUUUUCACUAUCAAAGUUUCUGUGAUCGCAGGAAUUUUGGCUAUUUUGCAUGGGUAAAUUUGAAGGAUUGGUAAAGCUUCGGAUACACGAGCAAUAUUUCUGCUGCGAUGGUUACGCAAUGGGUGAUAACAGCAUUGCGUUGCCGUCACACAAGGUGGCUACACCUGCAAUAUUUCACCUGCAAUAUAUGUCUUCAUAACGCUUUUCAUUGGCUGGUCAAGAAACGUGUCAUUCAUCAACCUUGACCUUCCUUGACCACACCUCCCAAUUUUCGGCAAUCAUUGCCGAAAAUCAAAUGAUUUGAAAUUUCGGCAACGAUUGCGCGCAGCUUUGCGUUGCCGUCGCAGAGCAUGAUACACAAGCAAUUUCUUUCUCGCGACGGCAAUGCAACGAUUUUACCACCAUUGCAUUGCCAUCGCCAGAAAAGUAUUGCCCAUGUAUCCGUAGCUUAAAAGGAACUGACUCGACGUUUUUAGCUUUUUAGUUAUUUUAGGAAGCCAGUACCUCUACACUUUUAAAUAUCAAACUUGUUAAAAUUUUCGGUAACUGUUUAUAUGUAGG